AACCCUGCCGUUCUGUUUUGUUCAUCACGCUACAUGCACUUGGAUUCUAUUUGUGGGUUUGUGUGGUUUCAAUAAUCAUCAUUCACCGGAAAAUGAGAUUUUGUAUUGUGUGCGGUAAUUCUGAAGACGACGUAAAGCAUUUAUUUUGCUUUCCCCGUAGCGCAGACAGGUCGCAAAUAUGGCAGGAAGCUAUGGGAAUGAAAUAUAGACCACUAUGUGGCCAUGUUAGAAUCUGCAAUGAGCAUUUCACAAAAGAUAGAUUUGUGCCGUGUACCUCAGUUUUACGUUUGAAAGCUGAUGCAGUGCCCACAAUUCUGGAAGUCCAGAAGGACCAUGUUAUGAAGGGACUGGACCAGAUAGCAAAUAAAAAAGUAAACAUUAUAUCCCAAUAUAUAAUAAAGCCAGAACCACAGACUCUUUUGGAUACCAAAUCAUUAAGUAAUGCAAACAGUGAAGUUACUGAACAUGAGAAAACAAAUUCCUCGCAGUCACCAUCCCAACGGGGCUGUCACACCAAUUUCAAGUACAGUUAGAUGUAGAAGGACUCUUUUUAAGGACGUUGAAGGCUUGUGUUCAACACAGAUAACACCAAGAAGAUUUUUUACGAUUGUUCGGUAUUUUUAAUAUAGAAAUUCAAGUUUCAAAUAGACUGGCAACGCGGCAUGACUGCGGCAUAGUAUAAAUCAGAAUUCGAAGGGAAAUCGUCGCGUAACCAUGGAUCUCUUACCAUUGCGAGUCCCUCUUCGAUGUUGCCAAGCCUUUACUUAGGAAGGAAAGUACGGUAAUAUAAAUAAUUUGCGCUUAUGGAUGCGCAGAUACAUAACCGACCGAACAUCGGACAUUCAGCAUUUAGUAUUGUUUGUUGUUCAGUAGAUAGUGUGAUUUAUUGUGUUCGGUGUUAUUUUUAGUCUGUGCCUUAGUUUAUUCUACAGAUAGCGCUGUUUUUGAACAUUAGAGGCAAAAUCGUUUUAAAUUAUAUCUGCAAAAAAAGUUUGAAAGCAAGGUCUUAUUAUACGCAAUAUUAUUAAUUUAUAUUAUAAUAUUAUUAAUUUCAUGAAAAAAGAGGCAGAUGAAGGAGUUACUAUUCCUUUGAAAAAUUACAGGUAUGUAGCAAGAUUUAAUUCGAGAAGUAGGUUGAAGAAAUGCGGAGUUUACACAUUUUUAUACAGGCACCUACUUAUUGAGUGUCAUAUUUUAAAUUAGAAUAUUAACAUAUUUUGAUAUUUCAGGGAAAGAGUACUAGCUGCUACUGGGGUGUCAAGGUCUACUUUUCAGAAGAUAUCAAAAGAAGCUCAAAAAGUUGAGCGGGGAGGGCCAAGCACAUCUUUUCAAUCGCCGAAAAAAAUACGUAACACUAAAAAAAGAAAGCUGGAUCGUAUCUCGCCAGAUCAGAUAAAAUCUAUAAGGGAAAUUACCUACGAUUUUUAUGUACUGGAGAAGAGACUUCCUACUUUAAACUGUGUUUUGCAGAAAAUUAAUGACCGGCAAAUCUUGACAGAAGUAAUAAAUGUAAGCAGCUUGAAUCGGCUCCUUAAAAAAAUUGGUUUCAGGUAAUAAUUUUGUUUUUAAGUUGUUCAUUCAGUGAUUUUUUUUGUAUAUAAGUAAUAUCUUACUGUAAUAUAUGUUUAAAUCUUUAAAA